UUUGUAUGCUUUGACUCGCGCAGUUCUCUCGUGAUCUAGUCAAAACAAAGUUGUUUCGGUGUAAUCAGAUGGAACGGGCUGUUAGUUUCACGGCAUUUACAUGGUAAAGUUAUAAAACAGUCACCCGCAAUACACGACGCAGUGCAGUUCGAUUCUGGAAAAUGCAUUAAAGCGGCCGAAGCGAAAUAUUGCAUCACCCGCUGUAACCCUUUCGCGAGUUAUGACUCAAAGUUUCAAGGACACAAUGAAAUCGAGACUCGUCUAUUUAGCAUUAAUUGGUGGAUUUCUAUUCACUACCUUCUACUGUGUUGCUUCGGAUGUUCAGCUACCUACGAGCGAUGUCACUAGUGCAAAUGUCUCCACGGGUUCCUCGAAAGCGCCGCCCGAUGUUAAUCUGACGACAACAAUCGCAGAUGACCACCGCCAGCAAAAAAUAGAAACCGCUAAAAGCGAGAAAGUGCUGCCCAACAAUGCGACCACCACAAUGUCCCCGGAGAAGAAUGCCGUCGAACAGGAGCAUUACAGUUCCAUGUCGAUCUUCUUCGUGCUCUGCGUUAUUGCGCUUGGAAUUUUGCUUAUCCACAUGAUGCUUCAAACCGGGUUCCAGUAUCUGCCCGAAAGCAUUGUGGUGGUGUUCCUGGGUGCCUUAAUAGGGCUGGUUCUGAACAAUUCCUCUGUUAAACAUGUUGCAAACUGGGAGCGAGAGGAGGUUUUCUCCCCAACGGCGUUCUUUCUGGUAUUGCUCCCACCGAUAAUAUUCGAAUCCGGCUACAAUUUGCACAAGGGUAAUUUCUUCCAAAACAUCGGAUCUAUCCUGGUGUUUGCCAUUAUUGGGACGACAAUAUCGGCGCUCGUCAUCGGAUCGGGAGUGUAUCUGCUUGGGCUGGCUGAAGUAGCCUACCGACUGAACUUUGUAGAAUCGUUCGCAUUCGGAUCGUUGAUUUCGGCCGUUGAUCCGGUGGCGACGGUGGCAAUUUUUCAUGCGCUGGAUGUGGACCCGAUUCUGAACAUGUUGGUUUUCGGCGAAAGCAUUCUCAACGAUGCCAUUUCGAUUGUGCUGACGACAACGGUAAUGCCAAUGGUGUCCGGAACGGAUCUGAGUGGCAACGCGGGAACCGGCGAAUCGAUCAUUUCCGCCCUCAAUACAUUCUGUUUGAUGUUUUUCGCUUCUGCCGGAAUUGGGGUCGUAUUCGCGCUGAUGAGUGCAUUGCUGCUGAAGCACGUGGAUCUCCGGAAGCACCCCUCGCUGGAGUUUGGACUGAUGCUGGUGUUCACCUAUGCGCCGUAUGUACUCGCCGAGGGAAUUCACCUAUCCGGAAUUAUGGCUAUACUGUUCUGUGGCAUUGUGAUGUCCCACUACACCCAUUUCAAUCUGUCCACGGUCACGCAGAUCACGAUGCAGCAAACGAUGCGUACGCUCGCUUUCGUUGCCGAAACGUGUGUCUUUGCGUAUCUCGGUCUCGCAAUAUUUUCCUUCAAGCAUCGCUGCGAGAUGUCGUUUGUGAUAUGGGCAAUCAUUCUGUGCCUAAUCGGACGAGCAUGUAACAUUUUCCCCCUGGCCUGGCUGGUUAACAGAUUCCGCGAGCACAAAAUUACCAACAAAAUGGCUUUCAUCAUGUGGUUCUCCGGGUUACGUGGCGCAAUUUCCUACGCACUCUCACUGCAUCUGCAGUUCUCGACCGAGGAAACGAGACACGUGGUGAUUACCACAACUCUGAUAAUUGUGCUCUUUACGACGCUGUUCUUUGGCGGAUCGACUAUGCCACUGAUGAAGUACCUAUCCGGGGGGAAGAAAACACGCCGAGCAAGCAGAAGCAGUCGGCUGGGAAAGAAGAGGAAAGAGAAAGCUCUAUCCCUGAGUAAGACUCGGGAAUGGGGUCAAGCAAUCGAUUCGGAGCAUCUUUCGGAGUUGACCGAGGAGGAGGAAGUGAGCUUCACUCAGUCGAAGCUGGUUGGCUUCGCCCGGUUGGACAGGAAAUACUUUACACCAUUCUUCACCAGAAGAUUCACGCAUCAGGAACUCCAUGACUGCAAGAGCCAGAUGGCCGAUCUAACCAACAAGUGGUACCAAGCGAUCCGAAUAUCGCCGGACGAUGUGGACGGGGAGGACGAUGACGGAGAAGACGAGGAUGUGGUUUCGAUUGCGACCUCGGAGCGCUCGACCAACAUCCUUGUGGAUAGCAGUCACGGCCGGAGCAAACAUGGUUCCACGACGACUGCAUCCGCCGCGGACACGAGCAGGGCAAAAUCUUGAUUUAGGCAGCCCAGGCACAGACAGCUCCCCGUGGAAGACGAUUCCUCGCUGUAUAACACCUCGCUGGACGUGGGAACGGAAGUGUUUUUGUGAGUGUGAGAAGAGAUGUGAGCAGUUUUGUAUUUAUUGAAAAUGGUUUUUGAUCGGAGCGAAUUGAGUCGGAUUGCGUAAAAGUUUGAAGUUUAAACUAAAACACAAAAUAGUCAUUAUGUGUUGUAUAUUGAUGUUGUUUUAAACUUAUUGCCAAUGAUAAAUAUAUGAACGGGCAGAUAGCACUAUUUUUUAUCGAGACCGCUUCAUAUACUUGUCUCAAAUAGAUAAUUAAUCGUAACUGAUUCGAUACGUUACCAGUUUACCUUCAUAUUCUUGUGAUCAAUAGAUAAACUACACUUAUAAGUGAUAAAGAUUUAAACAAAAUGGAACUAGUCGAAAGGAACAAAUCAAUAUUAUAUUGUAUAACAUAGCAGUGUGCAGGUGUUUGGCUAUAGCCGAUUUCUGAUUUUUAAAUAACUCGUUUUUAAACAAUUCUUCAGCAUCCACUUUUCAAACUUCAUCGCUCAGCUUUUGUUGGAAAUAAUUCAAAGAUUUAAUAAUCUGAGCCAAGUUUAUCAUAAGUCACUAGCCUCUGCGGAUACGGUUAAACCGUGCUGUAAAAUAAUAUUCUGGUGUAUUAUA